AAAUCAGAUAUAUCCGCGGAUAAUCAGGACUAACUAGACAUUGAACUAGGCCGCCAUCCGCUUCGUGGCUGUCAUAUUGGAGCGAUACGAUUGAUUUGCAGUGAAAGUAACUUUAAGAGUUGGGACACAAUAUAGCAGUAGUGUUUAAUUGUUGAUAAUGUGGCGGAACACGAAUUCAAAGCUCGCGCGAUAGCGUAAUUCCGAUUUCUAUCGGUUUGUGUGACCAUUCCGUAAGGACGCCAUCGAUCUCUGAUUUUAUUCUACAUAAACACUCACAGUGACCACUGUGAUCAGUUUGCAAAAAGUGGUCAAAAUUAAUAAUUUAGUUUUUGAGUUAAAAAGUCACAAAAAAAUCCUUAUCAGUCAUUUAAUAGCGGAGCUUUAUUUUUUAAUAAGAAUCGCAAUGAGAGACUAAACCGAUCAUUUUCUAGAAAUGACUGACCAAAUCGAAUUCCGGUUGGGGGAGUUUGAAGACUAUACUUCCUUCGCUCUUCCAUACGGAAAUAACCGGAGCGGUUGUGGAGGAUUCGAGUGGAGCCGAGAUCAGUUCUGCUUGGGUGUCGGACACAGUUACGUGUUCCGAGAAACGUGAACAUCUAAAAAUGACGGGUAAAAAAUCUUUGUCCGUAGAAUUCGUCGAAGGAAAUAACAAUGUCAACGAAAUCACGGAUAAAAGACCACUCUUUUGGGAGGAGCAUAUACGAAAAGUUAAAUCAAUUGCUGGUCACAUCGGACUUUUGAUUACUUUGAUGCUGUACACGGCGAUCGGCGCUUUAGUUUUUCGACACAUCGAACUUCCGGCCGAGCUGGCGCGUUUGGAAAGUUUGCGCGCCAAUUUGCGCAUCCACCGGCACUCGUUCGUUAACUCUAUUUCUAAUAACACUGAUGUCUCAAAUUUACGAACAUUGGUCAGCGUGAAAUUACGUGUUUACGAAGAGGCUGUCCAAGAAGCAGCGCAAGGUGGUCUGUUGAUAAGUUUUGUGACAGAUACAAUCGAUCAAGCAGAUCGAAACACGAGCGAAUUGCCGCCGAUUGUUACUGAGAGAUGGAGCAUUCUCCAAGCUGUUUUUUUCGCAAGCACUGUUCUUACUACUAUCGGAUACGGAAACGUUGUACCUUCUACUAGUUGGGGAAGGAUGUUCUGCAUUUUGUUUGCUUUCGUCGGAAUACCAUUAACGUUAAUAGUUAUAGCCGACUGGGGGAAGUUAUUUGCCAAGGUGGUAGUUAAAGUCGGUUUGGCCGUGAAAUCGAAACUUCCGUUUCGUUUUUCCUUCGCUUGGAUUCCGACCAACUCGACCGGAAGGCGAUCGCUCGGAGCUUUGGCAGCAAUCUUACUUCUGUUCUUAUACCUUGCCUGUGGUGCAGGUAUGUUUAUGUUGUGGGAAGAUGAUUGGGACUUCUUUGAUGGAUUUUAUUUUUGUUUCGUGACCAUGACCACAAUUGGAUUCGGUGACUUGGUACCGAUCCGUGUUUAUACAUUUAUUAUAGCUACGCUUCGUAUCAUCGCUCGUACGCAGAAAAACCAAAGUACACGUUACUCUGCACGCUGUACAUUCUGGUUGGCCUGGCGUUAACAAGCACCAUCAUUGAACUUGUGAGACGACAAUACGCUCAAUCGUGGAGAAGACUACAGAGGCUUAGCGGUCCGUUAGCAGAAACCAUUCGAAGACUUGGCGAACAGGCUGGAGGUGACAUGUCCGCGCUUCACUCGGA